AUGGAGAAAAAGCAACUCAAUUCCUCAAUUCCGCCUCGAAAAUGGCCCUGGAGGUUCAUCUUCUGCAUGGCAGCAGCCUUGGGAAUAGUGGGUAUGAUGAGGUUCGACAACUUCCCUAUCUCAGCGCAGCGCUGGGUCUUUCGGUACGAUCUUCAUGUCGAAGACUCGCCCUAUGGAUCAUUCCCACAAAAGAACGACCCAUUCCAAUUUCUCCCCUGCACUAACGCCAGUCGUCCGCCGCCACUGGACGACCCGACUCCGCAGCAAUCAUGGGCCGCCGUCUUCGAUCCCAACCCCAACCAUUGGAGCUGGGGCAGCACAGGCCGGGGCAUCUAUAUGUGUGGAUACUUAGAUCUCCCACUCGAUUACCACAAUUCGUCAGACCCUCGUAUAGUCCGCAUUGCAGUCAACAAGUUCCAAGUCGCGGGUCUGGAUAGAAACAAUCCCAGUAUUUCCCCUAAGAGCCAGAAGAGUAAGCGCACUAUCAUCAUUAACCCGGGAGGCCCGGGAGGAAGUGGAACAUCUUUCCUUUGGGAGACUGCGGAGGAGAUGACCAACCGUUUCAGUAAUGGGCAACUCGAUGUGCUUGGUUGGGACCCGCGCGGCGUCAAUUUCUCUCUCCCCGCCGCGGCAUGUUUCCCUCAGAAUAAAUUCCGGGACCGGUGGUCACUCCUAACACUCCAAUAUCGCGAAGAGGCUCCAAAGGGCCAACUGGAGAUGGUGGAUGCCAUGAACAAUGCCACAUUCUUUGCCUGCCAGCAACGGCUAGGAGAUCUUGGUCGUUUCGUCAGCACAGCGUCGGUGGCGCGUGACCUAGAUGAGAUCCGAAAAGCACUACACGAAGAGAGAGUCACGGGAUACUUUGUCAGCUAUGGUACAGGAAUUGGUCAGACAUAUGUCAACAUGUUUCCCAAUAGAGCGGGUCGCAUGAUUCUUGAUGGCACGGAAUAUGUCAAGGAUCACCGCCUCCUCGGUGGCUUUGGCUGGACCUCUCUCGACAAUGCGACAGAUGCUUGGCGUGACGGGUUUUUAGGCGAGUGUAUCAGCGCCGGUCCGGAGUGGUGUGCGUUGGCAAAUCCUAUUUCCGAGCAGGACGGCCCGGUCACCCUCGCACAGUUGGAAGUGCGCAUGGCCAAACUACUCGAGUCGCUCAAAAUUCGCCCACAAUCCGCAUACACAGAAACAGGCGGCCCAUCCCUGGUCACAUACUCAGCCCUCGUGGAAAGAAUUAUCUAUCCGGCUAUGUAUAGGCCGAUGGAUUGGCCGGGUACUGCACAAUUGCUCUAUGAGCUCGAAGCCGGGAAUGCUACACUAGCAGCCAACCAAUUAGAUCUCUCGUGGAGUGACCAUUCCGAGGAGCCAUCUUAUCCUUAUGUCCCAUCUUCCAGCGAACUCGAUCUUCUCGUGAUCUGUUCUGAUUCAUACGAUGCACCCCUCCCAGAUGGGCUUGAUUGGUGGGAUCAUCUGUGGGCGAACAUGACCGCCCAGAGUUGGAUGGCAGGCAAUUCUCGCUUCUUCGCAGUUCUUCCUUGUCGAUAUUACAACACCUAUUGGUCCCGCCCUUCUGAGGUGUAUCGCGGCGACCUCAAUCACACUCUCAAGACUCCUGUCCUCCUUAUCGCCUCCCCGUAUGAUCCUGCAACACCGUUGCGCAAUGGAAGAAGGCUUCUAGCGGAGAUGGGCCAAAAUGCCCGGUUGAUUGUUAAUCAUGCCUAUGGGCAUAGCUCUAGACGUGACAGGUCGGACUGCACGGAUCGAGUUGCCAAAGCUUAUAUUCUAGCAGGCACUCUUCCCAAGGAACAGGAAAUUCAGUGCUAUGCCAAUCAAAAGCCCUAUAUUCGUGGGAUAGUCGGAAACGAAUGA